CUUUACAGGCAACACAAGGACACCAUCAAGGCGUACUACCGGGGUCCUGAGCCGACUCAAGCAACACCCUUCCAAGAUGGCAGCCAACGGUAGCAGCACGGCUAGCAAGUCUAGUAACAAUGCUGGGGGAAAACCAACUGGGCCGACGGCCGAACAGGUGGUGGGGAACUUCCAGAGGAUGCGUCAGGAACAGCGCGGCAUGGCUUCCAAGGCAUCCGAGUUUGAGAUGGAGAACAACGAACACAGCCUAGUAAUUGAAACCCUUAAGGAAGUUGACCCUUCCAGGAAGUGCUUUCGUCUAGUAGGGGGAGUGCUUGUGGAGAGGACAGUGAAAGAGGUUCUGCCUGCAUUGGAAAACAACAAAGAACAGAUCACCAAGAUCAUAGAGACCCUGUCCUCACAGAUGCAGACCAAAGGCCGUGAACUCACGGAGUACAGGGAAAAGUACAACAUCCGAUUGGUCGGAGAAGGCGAGGGAGAGGGCCAAUCGGCAGACUCCAGGGACAGUGAGGGCGGGGCUUCGAAAGGCGGUACUGGUGUUCUGGUGUCCUAGAUUGUGGACAGACACAUCAGUACUGGAGGAGGGUAUGCCAAAACAUGGUUGAGCCGCAUUAUCUACGUUUGUCAUUAGGGCUACAUUUUUACACAGGAUAUCACAGAUGCAGAUAUGUUUGAUUAUUUUGGUUGGAUUUGGUACAGGUUGCCAGCAUUCAAUGCUGGCAACCUAAACCGAUUUAGAAGCAACAACCACGAAUGCCAGAUAUAUUGUUCAAAACAGUGUGCUACAUGUUCAACCCCUGUUAGCUUGCUAUUGUGUGUGCGUUCAAUGUUGGCAACUUGAAGAGGGUGACUGUUCCUAAACACUUUAGUGAAAUACCAGAGAAAGUCUUUUGAGUCACAAACCUCCCAAUAUAUGUUUUGAAUUUCCUUUAAUAAGCAGGAAGUAUUUCAGUGUAAGCCCCUGUCAUUUAAAGUGUAUAGUUCCGUCAUGGUUAAAUUCACCUUUUGGAGAGAUCGGUGAAUGCAUGGACACCAAACACCACAGGCAAUUAAUUGCAUAGUAGAAGGAUUAAAACAUUGAAUAAAUACCUGUUCAAGAUACUGUACUCAAGUUACACAGGCCUUUUGGUUAACCCUAACCCUUUUUUUUACUGAACUUCGCUUUGAGGUCGUACUGUAAGCCUCUUUCACGUCAGGCGAUGAUCCAUAACAGGCUUUCCCACUCCUUUCAAUCAGUUAAUGUUUACUCCUUCACAAUCAAAUAUUAAUGAGUUGCUCCUGAAAAUGCAACCUCACUGAGGGAAAAAGGUCUAGUCGUUCCAUUUUUGGUAAUAAACAGGUGUUUUAACAGGUGUCCAUUAUGGAGCAGAAGGGUAAAAUGUGAAUGUACUUCUUGCUUCAGUGAGAACUGAUGAAAUCGAUAAGUAGAUGCAUAUAACCAUUCUAGAUUUUUGGAACUGUUAGCGUUCAUUUGAACCCAACUUGCAUCAGUAAGAUAAUGGCUAGAAAGCUAUAGGGAUGGACGUGUUCUGUUAAUUAUGAAUUAAAGGAUUUGAAAAGUA